CUCGAGUCGGCGUACAAACCACUCGGCCACGGGGGUCGUCAAUUUGAAUCGUAUCAACAUUUCAAUUACCUACUAGUUAUAUAUCCAUUUAUCUCAUAAAUGAUUGCCUUAAACACUUUCAAUAGUACCUAUGGUGAUUUUAAAACUGUAUCCACUAGCUACUACUUUUACUUUACCCCAUAGGGUGCAUCAAAUGACCCCGCCUCAGUAAGCGAAAUCCAGUCGCGAAGAUAGUUGAAGCACAGUAACUUUUCCGUAGCUCAAGUGGUAGUGAACCUUUCAUGCCCAAAUAGUCUAAUAGAUAGAGGAUACGCUGGCACUACUCACUAUUCGUGGACCAUCUUAAGUUGGUGUCUAUAAGAAUAUUAUUUAUAUUAAUAUAAUCUCAAUCAAUCAAUCAUUACCUUCAAUAUUCUGUCAAGGGAUGUAAUGGCGUGGAUUUUAUUGACGUGCUUGACACUACAGCGACGCCUUACAAAGACCUUAGUUAAUAAAAUAUCAAAUAUUCAUGAAAAUCGUGUUCGAUACACAACUUACGCGUAUAGUUCGACUAGUCCUUGUAAUCACUAUUCCGCUUUGUUACGUAGUAAGCUGUUAACACGCGGUUGUUUAUUCCAGCCGCGCGCACAGCUGAGCUACGACGGCCUUUAGUCAUUCAUUAAUUUCUAAACGGACAUUUAACCUAGUUUAACUCUUUUCGUUACACCUAUUACAAUUUUUGAUGUAUUUAACACAAAGGUCUCUGUCAUUAAGUUCAAGGUUUCAUUGUUAAGGUUACGCCAUCACCUAAACUUUACUACUUUUUACAAAACAUCUUAACGUAUUACUACAGACAAUAUGCCGUCGCUGCUAGAAGCCCUAGAACGCAAGUACGGCGCGAAAGGCGAGGUGAAUCCGUCUAUAGACGAUAUGCCGGUGGCCAUAUUCGUGCCCAAGCGAUCUCCGCGACUCAGCGUACCAACGCUGUUGGUGCUCAACGACUGCGAGAUUGAUUGCGCAGGAGAAGCCAGAGGACUCGCCGAUAAAUGCGCAGAUGUAGUUGAACUCGAUCUUGCCAAUAACAAGUUGACCGAAUGGAAAGAGAUAUUUGCGAUACUGGAGCAUACACCGCGCGUCCGAUUCCUCAAUUUAAGUUUUAAUCGUCUCUCAGCGCAAAUUCAAGCAGCACAGGCAUUACAUCCCCGUUGGGACAGUCUCAGUCACCUAGUCUUAAACUCGACAUACUUACGCUGGCCUAGUGUGUACGAGAUACUCAAGGCUCUUCCAGCUCUUGAAGAGUUGCACUUGAGCCUCAACGAGUACACGUACAUAGACUUCAGCGGCAAGGAAGCUAAUGAGAAGGACAAAUGUGAAGACUGCUCCAGACUAAACGUGGAAGUGACAGAACCAGUCCACGAACAGUUAAAGAAACUACACUUUUCUGGAAACCCUAUCAGUAGCUGGCGAGAAAUAUCGAAACUAGGUUACGCCUUCCCCAACCUAGAAACGUUGUUGGUCAACGACUGUCCUAUAACGACGCUAGCGCCAGAUCCGUGCGAAAAAUGUUGCGAUAGUAAUGGAAAUAAGAAAAGUCACGACGCUUUCGCGCGUCUCCGAUUUCUAAACCUGAACAACACAGACCUCUCAACGUGGGACGAGGUAGAUAGACUGGCUAAAUUUCCUGCUCUGAAGAGUUUACGAGCACAGGGCUGGACUUUGUGGGAGCGAUGCGAGUCGACGGAGCACGAGCGGCGGUUACUGCUGGUAGCGCGGUUACCGCACGUGCGCACACUCAACGGAGGCGGCGCGGUGCCGGUUGAGGAGCGCGACGCCGCAGAGCGCGCCUUCAUACGCCACUACAUGGACAAGCCUGAAGCUGAACGCCCGGACAGGUACUGGGAGCUGGUGCAGGUGCAUGGCAAGCUAGACCCGCUGGUGUCUGUGGACCUGCGGCCGGAGAAGCGCGUGCAGAUCACCUUCGUCUGCGGCGACACCACCGAGGUGCGCACCGUAGACGUUUACAGGACCGUAUCGGAUUUGAAAUCCCGUCUAGAACGACUAGCCGGCUUCCCUGCUUCUAAGAUGAGGUUGUUUUACGUAGACCAAGAACUAAGAGACACUGAGCUUUUCCCUGGACCAGAGGAAAUGAAGAUACCCACAAAGCAGCUAUACUCAUACAACAUUAGGUCGGGAGAUGAAAUAAUUAUCGAGGCCAAAUUACAACAUUCUAUAUCGGCCAAAUCAGCAUGAGAUGCCUAC